AUGCUCUUAUUGCUUCUUCCUCUCUUCCUGCUCCACAUUCUGCCCCACAAUUCGUUGCUCACCCAGAGCGCAGUGUCUCCCCCGUCUGCGUCCCUCCCAGCUCUUUCCCGUUUAUUUUAUUUUAUUUUCUUUCUGUCUUUUUUCUUCCCAACCCCGCACCUCACUAUCCAUUUUCUUUAUCGCUUCUCUACUGCCCAUUUUCAUUCAUUUUUCAUUUCAAUUUUCUUAUAUCUUUCUUUUUCCCUUAAGCUCUUUUUCCUUCUCUAUUUUUUUUUUUUUAACAUCAUUUAUUAUUUCCUUCUUUUCUAUUCUUUGCAUUUUCUACUCCUCUCUUUUUCUUUGGGAUUGUCUUUCUUUCUUCCUCUUUUUUCUAUUCUUUACAUUUUUCUUUCUUUCUUUCUUUCUUUCUUUAUUUAUUUAUUUAUCCUGCGUUUCUUGUUUCAUUCUAUAAUUCUUUUCUACGUCCGUUUAUCUCUUCCCACUUUUGUAUUUUCCUCUGUCUUCUCAUUUUUUUUCAUCUACGGUGAUUCUUUCUUUCUUUCUUUCUUUCUUUCUUCUUCUUCUGAGGAGGAGGAGGAGGGAGAAGAGUAG